AUCGAGAGAUUAACCACUUCAAACGUAUCGCUAUUAUUGUUGCUAUUGCUCAUUAUUACUGCUUUAAUCUUGGAGACUACCUGAUAACGUUAUGAAUAAGUUUUGCGUAUAAAUGUACACAUUCAACAAUAAUUUGCAGUCGUUUUGCGAAUAUGUUCAAGUGUCUACACCUACCUGUAAAAAUGCAGUUAUCGGUGGUGGUGCUGGCAGCUCUGGUGGCUAGCGUGAUGGGCCACGGUCGCUUGCACAAACCUGUAGGGAGGGCUUCGGCCUGGCGCUUUGGAUACCAGAGGACUGCGAACUACGAUGACAACGGGCUAAACUGCGGUGGCUUUUACCACCAGUGGGAGGUAAAUGGUGGAAAGUGCGGCAUCUGCGGCGAUCCAUACGACGCUCCCGCUCCAAGAAGACAUGAGCUGGGAGGCAUAUACGGCGACGGCACAAUUUAUGCAGAAUACUCCCCGGGAGAAACAAUCGACACCAUCAUCGCCAUCACCGCUUAUCACAAGGGCUACUGGGAACUUCGCAUCUGCGACGACCCUCUGAACAAUGAAGAUGAAUGCUUCAAAUACCUCCUUGAGUUAGAAGAGGGAGGAACUAAAUACUAUCCCCCUAGUGCUGGAGAGUACAAUGUCAGGUACAAAUUACCAAAGGGCCUGGUUUGCGACCACUGCGUGCUUCAGUGGCAAUAUACUGCUGGUAACAACUGGGGUGUUUGCAAGAACGGAUCUCAAGGUUUGGGCUGUGGAAACCAGGAGACAUUCCGGAGCUGCGCCGAUAUCGCGAUAAAGGGAGCCCCUGUUGAAGAAGUGCCUGAUAUUCCUGUAGAGAAUCCGAUUAUAUGUCUGAACCACAUCGGCAAUUAAUGAACUAAAUGACUAUAAUCAACGGUCCGUGUAAACAUGACAACUGAUUUUAAAAUAGCAACUACCAAAUAAAUUCACGUCAUAGUUGUUCUAGUCUAAUUUGAGGCUAUUUAAACCAAAGAAAAAUAACAAUGAUUUCAUAGUUUUUUGUUAGUUACAAAGAAAAUUUAUCCGUAAUACACUUUAUCGCCAAAGUUGAAUGGCUUGCUAUAAUACAAAUCAUUGUUGACUGCACGUCGGAAGUCUUUGAUGUUAACUUAUUGAUGUUGUUAAUAUAUUAUAUGAUUGAUACGA